CCCCCCCCCAACCCCCAAGCGCCGGGUGGCGGACCGACAGGGGAGCUGUUGCUCGCACCGUGACUCUGGUGGGGGACAGUUGAGUGAGGGUGCCUUGAGCGCCGGCGGAUUCGUCGGCGCCCCAUGAGCCAUGUGCUCCGUUGCGUCUGGGCCGCGGGGGAGGCUGCGCGCUUUGUGUGAACUGCUGGGAACUCCAGCCUCAGUGUGCGGCCCGGGGGAUUGUAUCUGGAGCUGGGCGAGUUGUCAGAAAGUUCCUGUGGGAGUGGCUGCAGAUGGUGUUGUGGGAGUGUGUAGGAGAUUGAUGGGGUGCAGUGUCCAAGGGGUGCCUCCAAUAACCCAGUUGUAUAAAAAACUGAUGGAUGGCCGGUGUGGUGACGUGCGUGCUCCUGGGUCGGAGAGAUCGUGGGUGGGCAGGUCACUUGGAGUUCGUGGGUGGGCGGGUGCAGGAGUUGGGCUAGUUUCGAUAGUCUAGUCGUUGGUCCUAGGUAUAGUGUGUAAAUUUAGCUAUGUGUGUUUGUAAAACUCUGGGAACUUGCGGGAUGUGAGCAGUGGGUCGGGUCGGUUAUUUAAACAGCGCUCAACUUGCAGGAGGGAAAUUGAGGUAUCGCUGGUGUGCGUGUGUGUCUAACCUGCAGACAACCCUAGGGUGCAGGACCCAGAGGUGGGGAAAGUUCAUGCGGAGGGGUGCUCUUCUGGAAGGGAAACUAUGAAGACUGGGUUCUGGCAGGCAGCCAGAGUGGAAUAAGUGAAGAUAACCUUGAGUAAACUUGUCACCCGCCGCCAGCGCUGCCUCCCUGAGCUGGUCUCGCAGCUGUCCUGGUGGCCGACUACAUGUCUGCCCUCAGAAUGCAUCCUCCUUGAGCUCCUCUGAGUAAACACUGCCUCCGAGCAGUGCCCGGUUCACCUCCAGGUGGCCUGGCUGAAGGUAGACCCUUCCCUCGAAAGUCUGGCUUAGCCAGCCCAGAGAUCUGGGCUCAGGCCCAAGUCGAGGAAACAAAACCUGGGAGAUGGCAGAGUUUUUUGGCUGGGCCUGCUGAGGAGCUGUUAAAAGGCAGAGAAGGGAGGAGCAUGCAGAUCCUGGACCAGCCUUGGCCUAGAACUUGUGCUAUUAAAAUGUAAAUUUCUUUUGCUUUUGUGAACGGGAACUUUGUCUGCUGGAGGGGCAGCUGAUAGGAGUUAUCUAGGCAGAAACCUUCCUUCACGGAGCAGGGGAGGAGGAGGGCUUCAGACUCUGAAAGGACACUUUACUGGGAUCACACAGCCCAGUGGAAGUUAAAGCAGGGACCAGAGCCACACUUCAUUGGUCAGGAUUCUGAGAUUAAGUCUGGACCAGGUCAGAGGCCGGACCAAGGAAGAAGGUCUAAAAACCAACGGAGGAAUGACUCACUACGCACACGGCCUGCGGCAGGGGCGGCAAGACUUGGUGAACAGUUACCAGACCCGCCUCCGGGCCUUGGAGGGAAAAUUACCCGAUUUCAAAUCCUUCUUUAUAAUCAGUCUUAAAAGAUGGGACAUUUUUUAUUUUAUUUUUUAUGUGUGUGGAUUUUCAUCUGCACCUGGGAUGUUGAGAGAGAGCAUCUACUCCCCUGGAACUGGAUUUUGGGUGGUUGUGUUCCUCCAUGUGGGUGUGGGGAGUGGAACCCACCGCUUCUGUGAGAGCGCGUUACAGCAAAUGCUCGUAAUUGCUGGGCUAUCUCUUCCAGCCCCAGAAAUUCACUUUUAAAAUAAGCAGGCCCGGGGACCUGGGGGAGGGGGAGGCUGGAGAAAUGGCUCAGUGGGUUAAGAGCACUUGCUGCUCUUCCCGAGAGCCUGGGUUCAGAUGCCAGCACAGACAGGCUCACAACAAUCCAGCUCCGGUUACGGAGGACCCGCCUCCUUCUGUCCUCCCAGGACUCCGCAUAUGUGGUGCAGAAUGUUUAUAUAUAUAAAAUAAGUAAAAUCCUGGGAGGGACGGGGAGAGAAGGGAUUUGGUGGGAGGAGGAAAAUAAGAGAAAAGAGCACUUUGGUCAAAGGAUAUUUUAUAUAUGUAUAUAUAAUAAAAUUUUAACUAAAACAUUCUAAAAUCCUUCUCCCCUCCCCCUCCCUAACUAACUGCUGAACAGCUAGCUCUGUAGAGUGAGCAGCCUGUUGAGCGCAUCCCUUCGUACAUGGGACCGUGUAACAGUGGGCUUUCAUGGCCGGCCUCUUCUCCCGGAGCAUGUGCUCAAGGUCCAUCCAUGUCAUAGCACACAUCAGAAGUGUGCUCUCUCUUUUAUAAUUUGUUUGGUUUUAUGUGUAUGAAUGUUUUGCCUACGUGCGAGUGUGUCUACACCACGUAGAUGUCCAUGGAGGUGACAAGAAGGCACUGGAUUCCCUGGAACUGGGAGUUAUGGUGGCUGUGAGCUACCAUGUGAGUGCUGGGAGCCGAGCCAGGUCCCCUGGAAGUGCAGCAGCCAGUGCUCUUAACCACCUAGCCAUCUCUCCAGGCCCACGGUAUUUCUUUUUAUGACCAAAUAGCUCGUUUGUUCGGCCAUCUGUUGAAGAUCUCUCUGGAUCGUUUCCACCCUUUGAACGUUGGGCUUCUGCGAGGGGCCAGGCUCCCCAGAGGUCCAGCUUAGCCCCUAAGCAUCAUGUCGGACAGCGAUCUAGGCGAGGAUGAGGGGCUCCUGUCACUGACCGGCAAGAGGAAGCGCAGAGGGAACCUGCCCAAGGAGUCAGUAAAGAUCCUCCGGGACUGGCUCUAUCUGCACCGCUACAACGCCUACCCCUCAGAGCAGGAGAAGCUAAGUCUCUCUGGACAGACCAACCUCUCGGUGCUGCAGAUAUGUAACUGGUUCAUCAAUGCCCGUCGUCGCCUUCUCCCUGACAUGCUUCGGAAGGAUGGCAAAGACCCUAAUCAGUUCACCAUCUCCCGUCGUGGGGGUAAGGCCUCUGAUGUGGCUCUCCCCAGGGGCAGCAGCCCCUCUCUGCUGGCUGUGUCUGUUCCAGCCCCCACUAACAUGCUCUCCUUGUCUGUGUGCUCCAUGCCACUCCACUCAGGCCAAGGUGAAAAGCCAGCAGCACCCUUCCCACAAGUGGAGCUGGAAUCCCCCAAGGCCCUGGUGACCCCUGCUAGCACACUCACCCUGCUGACUAGGGCAGAGGCUGGAAGCCCCACGGGUGGACUCUUCAAUACGCCACCACCCACACCCCCAGAGCAGGACAAGGAUGACUUCAGCAGCUUCCAGUUGCUGGUGGAGGUGGCGCUGCAGAGGGCUGCCGAGAUGGAGCUUCAGAAGCAGCAAGAGCCAGCGCCACCUUUGCUACACACUCCGCUGCCUUUCGUCUCAGAAAACGCCAAGUAGGCACCUGCUCCCGGGUGGCUUGAGGUUCCUGGCUCACUGCCCUUUCAUGCAGAGGGUUAUCCAAGUACGGAUCACUGCCAAGCAUCAGGACCAUUCUGUCCAGUCCUCAGCGGAUGUCGCUGCGCUGCACUGUUACGGGGCCUGUACUCUGCUGAGUGCCAUUCCUUCAAGCGUCCUCUCCGAGGAGACCAAGGCACCAGAGCCAGGCAUGGUGUUGCUGCUGCUCCUCCAGAGAGCCCUGGGACACCUGCACUCCAGCCUGCUUUCCUAGGCAGGCUCAGGAAAGCUGCCAAGUCCAGACUUGAGCUGGGUCCAAGCCGCCCCUAAGCUGUGCCUCUUUUGGUCGAGCCAGGUGUGCACAUUCCAACCUAUUCAAAGGACAAAGGAAAUGCCCAGCAGAUGUCACAGAACCGACUCCAGUUGAAUGUUUAGAUUUUUGCUAAAUUGUUUUAUUUUCCUUUUGCUGUGGUUUGUGUUAAUGCAGUAGGUAGCCCAGAAGCACAGGUGUGGGGAGAGAGCACCUUACACGGUGGGUGGAGCUCGGUAAGUGGGUAAUCUACUUCCCACAGGAUGGUUGUAUAGGGACCAGCAGAUUCUCUGCAGUGGUGCUGAGUUCAGACUAGAGUGGUUGUUUAAUUCUUGGUUUGGUCUUCCCUAUUAUAAAAGACAGAAGGAAAAUAUCCACAGGUGGUGGGUUAUUUGCACCAGACGGUCAUUUAGACACAGCAGAGACAGAUGACAAAACCAGAGGCACACGUGUUUCUAUUGUCGUGGUUAAGCUAGAGUGAAACAGCUCUGUUUUUCUCUCUGUUCUGAGUAACUCCCCUCACCCCACCCCAGCGACCCCCACCCUGCACCACCUUUGUAGCUUGUUUCGGAUUUAUUCUGGAGCUUGGCAAGAAUGUCGUGUGCCAGCAUCUACUUGGGAGGAGUGAGCCAUCUGCUGGUCAUUAGGCCCUUCGGAAAGCUGCUUGUUCACAGAGGCAGCUGGAACCUUCCUGGAGGAGAGGCUGCUGAGGCUACCGACUGGCCCACCUCCCUUCAGGGUGGGAUUGCAAGGGCCUGCCUAAAUUUCCCGGGGAAACAGACCACACUUGGUCUUAAUCUCUCCCCUUUUCCCGUUUACUUUGCUUAGUUUUCAGCAACAGUAUACCCCAUCUUUAUAUCCUAAGAAACACUAAUCCUAGAUUUGUAUUAACCAAAAUACUUGUGUUCUGAAUAACCAGAAGAUGUGAGGAGCCCUGACUGUGGUCUGAGGUUCACCCGGGUGUGAGCACAGACGGGGCUCUUGGAUGUUGACUGGCUUGGAGUGCCUGUUCCGAGGAAGGCAGAGACCACUCUGGCCUUUCCAGGGAGCCCCUGAGGCUUAGCAGGCUUCCAUACCUCUCCUGAGUGACUUCACCCAUCCCUUGCUGUGCAAGUGGGCGCGAGAAUGGCUAUUUGUAAGGGGCUGCUUCCCUGGGCUCUGCCUCAUGCCUCCCUCUGGCUUCCUGUCCUGUAGGAGACCCAGCAGGCUCAACUCUCUGUCACCCUGAGGCACUGCUGGGAAGGGAACAUGGCUUCAUUGACUUUGUGGUUUGCCCACUGCUACCCCACCUGUCUGUGAGACCCCAUGAUGGCUGUAGGAUGCUAAGGCGGGGGUGAUACUAGGAUGAGGGAUUUCUUUUCCCCCCACAGUGCACUGAGCAAGGGAGGAGGGAGGGAGCCAUGCUGCUGACAUAUUCUGGCAUUCCCCCUCCUGGGAUAAAACAGGGCAUCAGAAAGGUAGAGCGGUCUCUGCUUAGGUUGCCUGUAAGAUAAAUGUGGAGAAGCACGGUUGUCCCAUUGAACAAUAUUUGAGCAAAAAACUACUGUAAAUAACUGGUUUUUGUCUUUUGUCAAAUAAAAUUGUUUUGGUUUUGUUUAUGUUUUAAAGUCAAA